ACAAAUAUCUCUAAGGUGUGGCUCAACUUGUUCCUCGUGGCCUCAUCCUCAUAAGUCCAAAUACUACGACGUGACUUUUCACAACUCCCACACAGUCGGUGAAUCGUCACUUUAUUUAAUUAAAGCAAACACAGACAGUCACAACCAAAGAGAAAUAAUGGGGAUAGUGGAAGAUGCACACAACGUGAAAGUCUUGGGAACAGGAAACAGGUUCAUUGUUCUAGCUCAUGGCUUUGGUACAGACCAAUCUGUAUGGAAACACUUUGUUCCUCAUCUCGUCGAUGAUUUUCGUGUUGUUUUGUAUGAUAACAUGGGUGCUGGUACUACGAACCCGGAGUAUUUUGAUUCCGAGCGUCAUUCGAGUUUAGAAGGUUAUGCUUAUGAUUUACUCGCAAUUCUAGAAGAGCUUCGAGUUGAUUCAUGCAUAUUCGUUGGUCACUCUGUUUCAGCAAUGAUAGGUGCUAUAGCUUCUAUCUCUCGACCGGAUCUUUUUCUCAAACUCAUCAUGGUUUCUGCUUCACCGAGAUACUUGAACGACGUGAAUUACUUUGGAGGAUUUGAGCAAGAUGAUCUGAACCAGUUAUUCACGGCUAUGUCGGAAAAUUACAAAGCGUGGUGUUACGGGUUUGCACCUUUGGCGGUUGGUGGAGACAUGGACUCUGUGGCGGUGCAGGAGUUUAGUCGGACGUUGUUUAAUAUGAGGCCGGACAUAGCUUUGAUUGUGUCGAGGACGAUUUUUCAGAGUGAUAUGAGACAGAUUUUGAAGCUUGUUACGGUUCCCUGUCAUAUUAUACAGGCGGAGAAAGAUAUGGCGGUUCCGGUGAUGGUUUCGGAGUAUUUACAUCAACAGUUGGGUGGGGAGUCUAUUGUGGAGGUUAUGGGAACGGAUGGUCAUUUGCCGCAGUUGAGCUCGCCGGAUAUUGUUAUUCCGGUGUUGCUUAAACAUAUUCAACUUAAUAUUGAACCCAUAAGCUGUCAGAGAAACUAUCACACUUUUCAAAAUCCAGAGGCUUCUUCAACAAAGACAGAGGCUUCCUCAUUGAUGAAACUUGAGGCAGAUUUAUAGGUUCAUUGGUGUUAGUGUUGGUGUAGCCAGCAAGUGACAAGAUGAAGGAAAUGGCAUUAAGAAGGAGGAUAAGUUAAUGGUUCUAGAAGAAUGAGAAGGGUAAACUCGUCAAAGGGUUAAGAAAGGAAAAACUAAAGUGUGUUUUUAAACUUUCUUGUCUUUGAAAAAAAUAUUGUUUUCUUCUAAUUUUCUAGCUACUUUGUCGUGUAUCAUAUUCUUGUCUGCUAAACUAUGUUUUGGUGUCUGUACCAAAAGAAAAACUAUGUUUUGGUGGUGUAUCUUUCAUGUGAAUCAUAUUUGAAGAUGUAACCUAUGAACAAGCCAAAUAUAUGACAUUUUUUGUCAAUGUUAA